ACAGAUUUUUAUUACUGAAUAAAUACAGAACAUUCAAAUCUCAUAAAUAUUACUGUUUAAGUCGAGUUCAAGUAUACACACCCAAUAACCAACCCAUACCUGUACCUGCACAACCCUAGUCUUCCAGCGAUAUGAUCAAGCCUCGUAGGAAUAUGUGGACUCAUUAAAAAUUUGAAUAUACAUGUCAUCAUUGUCAUGAAUCCAUAAUGUGUUUCAAUUUAUAUAAUAAGUGCAAACAAUCCAAAUGAGUUUUAAAUUCAAUAAAUAACCAAGCAUCGGCUCACAAGCAAAUUCAUUUUCUACCCAUCAGGAAUCCAUGCAAAUCUCGACCCAUGGGUCAUCUCAACAUCCAUUAUGCUCUAAAUCACCAAAGUACGUCCAUUUCACUUAAUUCAAACUCUAUUUGUUGUUUUUUGAUAUCUUUGUGUAUGUUUUUUUUUUUUUUUAUAACCUCUCAAGCUCUAAGGUCUUUCAUUCCUUUUUUUUAACGAAUCUUCCGCAUGACCAGAAAAUGGCAUGAACAUUUAAAGCUAAAAUCCAUUAACAAGCAAAUAAAAUUGAAAAUAUCCAAACCACGAGGAGAAAACAGUUUCAUUGCAACAAAAUACACCCAUCAGACAUAAAAACGGGCACUAAAUGAAAGGAUUUAACACCAUGAGCAAACAACACGCUAUAUCAGCCGCUAUAUGGUAUGGAUAACACUAUAGUAACAUAAACACCAAGGAUUCUUCCUUUUUCAGAAAACCCAUUUAAGGGCUAAUGUUGAUAAUACUAAUAAUAAAGUUUAAAAAAAAAAAAAAAACGAUUAGAUGAAAUACCAAGAGACAUAACAGAAAAUGCAUGAACAAUGAACAAUAGGAGAGCAUCACAUGACAGCUAAAGACAUCUAAACCAUUUUUUAUUAAAGACCAAAAGUGAUGAGGAACAAGAAGAAGCUAUUCAAUAGUUAUUUAGAUUGUUUAGAAUUCUUAAAUAAUUAUAUUUAUUCAAGUAUAGUUAUCAUUAGUUUUUCUACUUUUAUUAGGAUUAGGUCUUUUAUCAAGAGUCUUUAAGUCCUAGUUAAAUUAGAAAUUUUAAAUCUUAAGUUAUAGACUAAUUAGAAUAGGAGUUCUAGUAAGAGCCUUAGUAGUUUCUAUAUAAGUAUGCAUGUAGUUUCUUUCAUUAUUAAGUUAAUAAUAUUCAGAAUUUUCCAGCAAGUUUUGCUCUUGAUUGUGUGAUGCAAUCUUGGUUGUGUGAUGCAACUAGCAUUAGAUGUGAUGCUUAAGGGUUUUAUUCUCUUUAGGUGUGAUGCCUAAAGAAACCUAGGUGUGACUCCUAGGAUUUUCUAUCUUUCUCGUUGUUUGUUUUCUAUUUCUUCCUCUUUUCUAUCCUAAACAGAUCCUAUUUCACUGUUCACGCAUACCAUUCACAGUAUAUAUUUGCCUAAACAGCCUCGAAAUCCCCAAACCCACCAUACCCCUAACCUGUCCUGCAUC